UGAUUCAUUAUGAAUUGUAUUCAUUUAUUAUAAUAAUUAAUUUCAUUUCAAUUAAUCGGCUGAUUCAUAGGUAAUCGGAAGUCUAUAUUAGUUGAGUAACUACUGCACACAGUGUAGCAUUUGUGUGUUUGCUGUGUUCCUUUAAAACUCAUUCACUCCCACCCAGUUCGAGACCCAAGUCUGAAAAGACGUUUAAAAACGUCUUUGGGAGUGAAUGAGUUAAGGGGCGUGGUGUCAGGAAGUGGAUUCGUGUUAGCUGGUAGAAAACUUGUGUGUGAACGACCGUUCGUGUCCGUAGUUCGCUCGGAACUCAAAUAAGUUGAACAAGUCGCUGUUGACCAGCCGAAUUGGAUGAUCAUCUUUUAUGCUGGAUCUAGUGAGGAAUUUCAUAUUUUAAAUUUUUGUCUGAGUUCCUACUAAAUUGCGUGUGGUGAUUUUGUUCAUCCGUGUCGUGUGUGUGAGGCACAAGCGGCAACAAAAACAAACAAACGCAACACUCGGGCAUGUUUAUCUUCAUCCUCAGUCUGGACCACCAGUCGGCACUUGAAGGUUUCCGGUUUGGUUUGUGGUGGUGGACGAAGCCAAGCCAAGGCCUUUUAUUUUGAGGUGUUUGUGUGUGUGUUUGUGUGUGUGUGUUGGGAUCCUAGAGUGUGGGAAAAGACGAAAAUGUGAACACCUUCACAGAUGUUGACAUGAGAUCUCACACACAGAAUGAGGAGUGUGAGGCUGAGUGUGUUUUCAUCAUGCGGUUUCCCCUCCGUGUCCAUUUUUUUAUUCAUUUAUUUAUUUUUUUGCAUAUGCACGUUGAGGAUGUUUUGGUGGCGGUGGUCUUCGGGGCGUGGACGAGGACAGGCGGCGUGGUUGCAUAACAGGCAACCGGCUCUUAUGUAAUUGGAUGCAUAUUUGAUGGACGGCGUGGCUGCCAUCAUGCAGCGAGAGCGAUAUGGGAUUUCUUUUUUCUUUUUUGUGCACUUGAGCCCCCCUGGAGCCGUUGCGUCACUGGGGAGCCCGAGUUAGAAAUGUGGGCGGGUGACUGAGUGCGCGGGUGAGUGAGUGAGUGUGUGUGUGUGUGUGUGUGUGUGUGUAGCGGUUGGGCCUUAUGUGAGUGAGUGAAAAAUCAGUUGAGUGGGAGUCAGCAUCGUUGGCCCUACCAAUAAGGAGGCAGUUGAAGACAAAGGAUGAUAGGAACCUAGCAUUUUCGAUCCUGCUUCUCGCCAAACGGGAAAAAAAAGUCCGUCUCACAAAAGUGGAAAAGCUCCAUCAGGCCUGACAGAAGUUGAGGGAAAAACAGCAGGGGCUCGCGAGCCUCGUUUUAGCUACCAUGUAAUCCAAACGCUGCCCCUUAUCCCCCCCCCCCCCCCCCCCCCCCCCCCACUGUCAGUGGGUUAGGUUAGCUGAGCAGCAGCUAACUUUGCUAACCCCGCGACACAACAGGGAGCCCGACCUUGGAGUCACUUUGAGUGUGCACUCACGAGCUUACGUAACGUCAGAGUGCUCCUGCGCCGUUGACGCCGGCCGGCUUUGACAUACGGUCCGACCAUGCCCAUCCCCUCCGCUGGUGGAUCAAUGGCAGCCUAACGAGAUAAGCGAGCGUGCUAAUGAGUUCGCCGAGCGCCGGCACGAUCGGGAAAUCGAAAAAGCGUGUGAAUGAGACUUGCGUCUAAGUUAGUCAUAACUCCCAAAUGCAAUUUGUUUGUUGCUCAAAUGGGGAAUGUGAGACUUGAAGUUGGAAUGACGAGUUUGUUUUCUUGUGAAAUGGGCUUUUUGCACGCAGCACUUUUGGCCUUAUUAAGCAGGGUGGUAAACGUCUCAAAAUUCUGCAAAGAAACGUCCACGUCGCGAUGGGCAGUGGACGGAGUUAGCAGUUUUCAAACAACCCAAAGUCAAAUGUGCAAUGAACAAAAUGCCUCCAAAGACAAAUAAUUCAAAAGUCAAACAAGCCAAAAGUUAGGGUCCUUCAAAAGCGAAAUAUUUCAAAAAUCAAACACUUUGACAGGCAAACAUUUCAAACGUCCAAUCAUGCCAAAGUCAAAACUAAAUCGAAGUUAGACACCUCAAAAGUCAUACAACUCAAAACUGAGGUGAUCCAAAAGUCAAGCGGCUCAAAAGUCAAAUCGUUCAAAAGUCAUACAACUCAAAACUAAGGUGAUCCAAAAGUCAAGCGGCUCAAAAGUCAAAUCGUUCAAAAGUCAUACAACUCAAAACGAAGGUGAUCCAAAAGUCAAGCGGCUCAAAAGUCAAAUCAUUUAAACGUCAAAUAAUCUAAGAGUUGGACAUUUCCAAAUUCAAACUAAUUCACAAGUCAAACAAUUCACAGGCCCAACACUCGAAAAAUGAAGCACGAAACACUUCAAAGAGCUGUCGAAAAGUUGUUUCCCCGUUGGUCUUUCUUUUCGCCGCGAUUCGGCGCCGUCAAGCUUGUCUCGUCAUUGGUCGGGAUUGUGGGCAGCGACACUUUGAAUGCUUCGAGUGUCUUCAACUCAAAACGCUUCUCGUUUUACAUGCUGACUCACGGCGUCCUCAAAAAUCCAAACAAAAUCUUCUGUCUCCACAAGUCAGCCUUGCCCCCGCGGCGCUAAAAUGACUCGGAAGAGCUGCUCUUAUAUUACGUGUGUCCCCCCCACCCUCUCGGGAGACCCCUCAGAGAUUCCACAGCAACUAGUCUCGAGUUUCACACGCACACAGAUGGAGAGAGAGCGCGGCAGGGGACCAAAGUGGCCAUUAAAAGUCAGUCGUGCUUUUUGUUGUUCUAGUUUGUGGACUCACAAAAGCAAAAAUAAAUAAAUAAAGUCAUGUCAAAGUCACUGUUUCUUUUUACAUCAAGCUCAUUUUACUCUGCUUUUUGUUCCCAAGUGGGUGUUUUUGGUGAAACCUCGCCAUGUUCUGACUACCGAAUAUUGAAGAACAGAACAAUUUAGACAACUUUCUUUUUUUUUUCGCGGCGAAAGAAGAGCGUCUACCUUUUGUUUUGGUAUUUUUAGGUUCUGUGUUUACUUUACCCGUGGAACACAAGAUUUCGAUAAUAUUUGAGAGUUGAAUGUGUCACUCUUUUCCCCACAUUAGAAAGGCAGCGAAAAUAAGGGAUUAGACACACACACACACACACCUAACUGCUGGAAUCAGGCACAGCUGUGUGACUGCGCGUGUGUGUUUGAGUUGCAUAACAUUGGAGUAUGUGUGUGUCCCACACCCCCCUGGUGGCUUGCAGACUGCAGUGGUCGCUCUCGCUCACUUGCAAGUCGGUUGGUGUCGCCAAAGCAAAUAAACAAGCCAUGGCUUUUGUGUUUGUGAUUCACACACCCAGAGACCCCCCCAACCCCCCCCCCCCCGCCCCCCACACACACACUCACUCCUAACUCAAUGAACUCAUACAUCAAAUCAGUUGUCCACAUUGAAAUGAAUUGAAAUGUGGUUAAUCCGUUCCAGAUCCCCAAAACGCCAACCUUUUUACAAAAUCAAGAAAAAUAGCAAUAAAUUGCAGUGUGCCCUAUGAGACGAAUUCAACCAUUGUAAAAAAAUGGUCAUAAAUAAGCUACUUUUAUAAAGUAUACUUACUGUACAUAAAGUGUGUGUGUCCCUUGGAGGGGCGUGGCCUACUUAGUGACAUCAACAUCUGGAACCAUUUCAUUGUGGGCCAACCGUAAAUCAUGUAAAAGUUGUGUAUGUUACACCCCCCAAAAUAAAUAAAUAAACAAAUAAAAUACUAAAACUAAACGAUAAAAAAUUCUUAUUUGGAAAAAAAAUAAAACCUGACAAACCAAGAAAAAAAGUAAAUAAAGAAUUAAAAAAAAAAAACGGGAGAAUUUUGGAUUCCAACACGGAAGCUUUCGAUUGCGAGACAAGCCUUCUGGCCCCUGGCUCACCUGCUGCCCGUGUCAAACUUUGUCACUCGGAGAGAACAAAUAAACUUGCGUCUCGAGUUCAAACAAUCAUUUGAAUGAGAAUGUAUCGUUCUGUCAAACCUGUUGUACUUGACGUGCUGCGUGUGUGUGUGCGUGUGUGCGUGUGCGUGAGAGAGAGAGAGAGAGAGAGAGAGAGAGAGGGGGGGGGGGUCGCUGCAAAAGUGCCAGCAGCGGCGUCCGGGCGCCUCCCCCCAGUUGGGCCCCUCUAUCUAUUUCUGGCUCUGCGUCAUGCCUGGGCUUUACUCCUGUGGCAAGAGGAGUGUUUCUCUAGGGCUCCCACACACGCGCAAACUAAAAAGCUCGCACACACACACACACACACGCACGCACACGCUGCCUGGUGAAGCACAUGUAAACAGACAGGGAGAGAGAGACAAGGUGGAUGAAUGGACAGGCAGCAGCAGCAGUAGAAGAAUGACAGCUCGUCCGGGGGACAGGAAGUGAAACUGUGUGCGAGUGUGUAUGCUUGUGACGUGAAAUAAAAGACAGGAAGUGAAAGAACAGGUCGCCGUGUCUGUUGCCGUGGCAAUGGAGGAAAUUCUUCCAGGUGUGACCGAGCGUUUUAGGGCGCAGACGCCGAUCCUCAUCAACGAGCACUUUGAAAAAUCAGUUGCAGAAGUGUCUGCCUUCAAAUGAACUGGACAGCAAAUAAAAAAGAAGAAAUGGGAACUGAUGUCUGAUGUUAUGUUCUAAAAUUCACAGUUAUUGUUUUACACUUCCUGCUCCAUUUGUUCUGCCAUGGCCACCAUCAAAAGUUGGGUUAACAUGGCCAACAGCGUUGGGACUCGGUAAGCCUCCAGGAGUGGUGUGCCCGUUGCCCUUCUCCUGCCUCCUUCCCGCAGCUCACAAAUGGAUGCUCGUGAGUUUGCUGCUGGUGGCGGCGGCGACAGACAGCAGUGCCCAAACAAGGACGGCGCCAAGGAUAAGAUGCCUCUACAAAGGAAGUGGGCAUCCGAGCCCUGCGCCACCGCCAAGCGAAGCACUUUUGCUGAUCCGACAGCGAGACACCGUGAGAGUUUACCGGGCGAUGCCAACGUGGCAUUAGCACCCCAACACAAUUACGUCAUCACCGGGAAUUCUGGGAAGCUGCUAUCUGGACCUUCAUUGGUCGGGGCAAUAGGAGGCCCGCCAUCAUCUCAAGACCCUCAGGGACCCUUGGCUCAGGGAUUUCCGGGGGGGUACUCCUACCAGCUGGGUCAACCGUACCCUCAGCAUCCACAGACUGAACGCUUCCACUCGGGAGCCAAGCCCCAACCAGGACUAGAGGCACACGCCUGGCCUUUUGCCGGACAGUUGCCAUCAGACGAACUGUGCCCAGUGGGACACCCGGGACACACUCACUCCCUAGGAGCCGCAGUGGGGGCGGGGAGGUUCCCCCGGCAAAAAUCUCCAAGUUUACCAAGCUCCUUUGUACCGUAUUCCCAGACGGGACCUGACCCAGGAGAUGAGUGUUAUGGCAAAAAGGAGCAAAAACCCAAAAAGCCUGGAAAGUACAUUUGUUACUACUGCGGCCGAGCCUGCGCCAAGCCCAGCGUCCUGAAGAAGCACAUUCGCUCGCACACCGGCGAGAGGCCGUACCCUUGUGUGCCCUGCGGUUUUUCCUUCAAAACUAAAAGCAACCUUUACAAGCAUCGCAAAUCUCAUGCUCACGCUAUCAAGGCCGGACUAGUGCCCUUUUCGGACUUGGCCGUUUCCCGUGGCGGCGACAUGGAUCAGGGCUCCCCCGGGGGUGAAGCCGAAGUCCACUCCGAUGGCGAGCAAAGCACCGAUACGGAUGAGGAAGGAGUGGAAGGAGCCACCAUACUGACAGACAAAGACAGCUCCAUCACACAGAUCUCUUUUGAAGCUGACAAGAUGACAGGUGGUGCAGAACCAGCGUAUGCAGACUCAGCUGAAGAACUUCCUGCGGGCUCCAUCAAAGUGCCUAUCUUGAUUGUUCCCAAGUCCAGAGGGACGGAGUGUCCAUCCUUUCAGGAAAUAAAAGGUCCCCACCACAUGUUGACGUCGCUUGCCAGUAGAAGAGGGCGUUCACUGGAUGACGUCCCUUCAGUCAAACCACGUUUGGCUCAGAAACUGAACGACAAGAAAGGCCUGGAUUCCAAUUGUACUGCAACGCAAUCCCUAAACCACCUCAGUCCUCACAGCAAAGGCAGCACAGACUCAGGCUACUUUUCACGUUCUGAGAGCGCAGACCAGCAGAUCAGUCCUCCAAAUACGAAUGUUAAAACAUAUGAGGAGAUCAUGUUUGGUCGGACUUGGUACUACCGACCCAACUCCAGAUCCCGGCAAUUUGUCACAGUAGCAAAUAUCUCUGAGGAUCAUAUCUGUUUACGAGGGGAUGUGGGAAUGUCCAUUGAUCCCAAACUUUAUCCAACCGGACUCAGUCAGAGCAAUGCAGGACUUCUGGAACCUCCUUCAGAUUCAGGGCCUCUUAUCAGGAGCAACUCCAUGCCAACAUCUUCUCCUCCGAACCUCAGUGUCCCCCCGGGGAUUCGAGGCAGCCAUUCCUUUGACGAAAUGAUGACGUCAGAUGAUGUUUUUUACCAGCCGGGACUUCGUCGGCUCCAAAGACAAGAGGCUGUUGAACUUUUAGCCCAUGAAGCCCACACAGGAGACGCGGAGGGCUCUGGACACGUGGCCAAGAAUUUCACUUCAUCUCUCUCUAAGAAGCUCAGUGAACGCACUUCAGGAACUGCAGAGCCAGUUGGCUAUAGCCCAUAUGGUACGAAAGUUAGCAUGUCAGAAUUAGCCACCAGAAAAAGGCGGAAGGAGAAGAGUGUUGGGGAUGAGGAGGACAGUCCUGAUCAUUGCGACAGUAGCUGCAGUGGUUCAGUCGAGAUGUCAGGGGACUAUGUUAGUUUGGAUGGGUCCAGAGGCACCCCGACAGGCAAGGGUUCUCUUCAGAGUGCUCACAGCCAGUCAGACAGCUUCGAUACCUGUCCAAGCAUGUGCUCCGAGGACAUAGCUCUGUUUACCGAGUCAGAAUGCAGGAAAGCAGCCGGAAAUGUCAUAUCAGUCAUCCAGCACACCAACUCCCUCAGCCGGCCAAAUUCCUUUGAAAAGUCAGAGUCAUUUGAGCAGUCAGGAUAUCAUCCUUCAGCCCUGUCCAGCCAGUACUCGGAACAGUCCGACUCAGAUAUCUUUGAAGAUGCUUUGAGUCCAGAGUCGGCCCUACUGAGAACCGAGAGUAUGGAUCAGCAGCCGCAGAGCGACAGUGACUUGGCCUCCCUCUCGUCUUCAUCAGCAGCAGCUUCACCUGGACAGCCUUACUCCAUCCCGCACAAACUAGUCCGCCAGCCCAACAUCCAAGUUCCCGAAAUCAGGGUAACAGAUGAAAAAGACUCUGAAUCUCCAAUGGACAAGGAGUUGGAGAAGCAUCCGACGCAUGCAGAGGAGUUCCAACUGCCACAGAGGAGUGACACCCUCUCCCAGAUGCCCUCGGAGAAGCUUCCGCCUAAAAAGAAGAGGCUGCGUCUUGCAGACAUGGAUCAUUCAUCUGGAGAGUCCAGUUUCGAGUCCACUUGCACCAGCCUGUCUCGCAGCCCGAGUCAGGAGAGCAAUCUGUCACACUCUUCUUCCCUCUCAAUGUCUUUUGACAGAGAUGAAAGCUUCAAGACAGCAUCACCCACUAAACAGGAGGACACAGUCUCUGGUGGAGGAGCCAAACCAUCUGAAUUUCUGACGGUGCCCAGCAGUGGUCAUUCCAGCCACCAGCAGCACAGGGAAAUGAGGAGGUCGUCAUCGGAACAAGCGCCACACACACUCCCCUCAGAGGUACCUGAAAUGCGCAGCAAGUCUUUCGACUACGGAAGCUUAUCGUCAUCCAGAGAGGGGGAGCUGUACACCAGUGCCUCCGCCAUGAAGGAACGUCGCCGUGGAUUUCUUGUCCGACAGGCCUCCUUGAGUGUUUAUCCAGAGGCAGUAGUCCAAAAACCAGGAGGAUCUGAGCUGUCAAUCAAACAGGAGAGUGUGGAGCAAGGGGUGUGGCUUGGCCUGACAGGACCCCCGCAGAGAAGCAACAACUUAGGCAACAGAACCCAAAGAGGUGGCAAUAUAGUUGUCGGUGUUGGAGGUCACCAGCAGCAUGACCUCCAGCAGAGUAUCAGUGAGGACAGUCUGCAGGAUGAACCUCACUGCGGCAGGUCCCUGCAGCAUCGCCUCCAGACCCAAGGAUCUUCAUCCGAAGGAGAGCACUUGGGUCACGAGAUAAAAAGGGAAGUCGUCCAACAGCAUCCGAAUGCUCCUCCGUUCCUUUCUUAUCAUCAGCCGGCUCCGUUCUGGAGUCACGAGGUCAGUCAGGCUUCUAGACAACGGCUGACCCUCCAGGCCCAGCAACAACUCCAGAAGCUCCACAGACGAUCUCCGAAUAGUUUGUCUGGGCAAACAGCACUCCAUAAACAGCUGCUCCAAGAUCAGCCACCACCCAGUGGAAAUUCAGACACUUCAAGUUUUCCAAUGAACCCUGCCAUAUUCCAAGAGCAAAACUUGGCCUCUCUCUCAUCUAAGUCGAUGGCCAACAGCACCGCCGGGACACUCCAGCAGAUCCAACCCAUCUUUGCCACACAGAACCUGGGCUCCCACGCCUCGCUGCCUUUAUUGGUUCCUGUGCGCAUCCAAACCCACGUGCCAUCGUACGGCAGCGUAAUGUAUACCAGUGUUAGCCAGCUGGUAGCUCACAGUCAGAGGAGAGGGUUAGUCGGACAAAGUAGAGCCAAUAUCUGCGACGUGUCCUCACCAAAUGGCGCUCUGAGAGUCAGUGAAACACCUCCAGGGCUUGGAGGAGAUCCAAUUGGAGCAGGACUCAACCAAUCUCACUUCCUGGGACAGACAGAUGGAACAACGUUACACUCCCCUCACUUGAAGUCUUCACCUUGUGGCCCCAACACAGGAAUCCCUCUGUCGCUGACGUCGGGUACCAUAUCUACCACAGAUGCCUCUGGAUCUGGCAUCGGAGGCGGCAAGAGAAUGCUUUCCCCUUGUAGUUCCUUGGAGCGCUUCAUUGAGACCAAGCAACAGAAGAGGGUUAAGGAGGAGAGGAUGUUUGGGCUGAUGGUUAAGGAAUUGAGUGCUGUCGAGCUGAGUGGCACCGAGGGCAGCACUAAGCUUGAGGAGGCUCCCGGUUCUGAGGAUUGUGAGAGGAUGUCCACUUCUCCUCCCUUGGGAGACUUCCCUGCUCCCAAAAAGAUCACGGUUCCUAUCCGUUCUUCUGCGCAUCACCGGCUUGAUGUUUCCCGGACGGAAAGUUUCACUCCUCCUCUCCAGAUCAUCACUGACUCCUCACCGGUGUCGUUUGGCCGAGAUUCUCCUGUGGAGCUUGCUGUGGAUGAGCCCCGCGCCAGCCCCGAGUCCAUAAUCUCCUUCGUCGAUGCAGAAGACACCACCAAGCUGCCUGCGGCCAGUCAAGUCCCAGGAAACGUCAUGGUUCACUUAGCUGCCCACCAAAGUCCAGGAGUUUCCAGAGCAACGAGACAGACUCUGCUGCUCACUGAGGUGUCCAAUGCCCAGCACUUUAUCCAGUUUGCGAGCCUGCGCACCAACAGCAGGGUCAGCUGGUGUUUCCUCAACUACACGAAGCCCAACAGCACUCAGGCUGACCCACGGAGCUCUAUCUACAGUUCCUGGUGUGUCAGCUCCUACAACCCCAACCCUCUGAAUCUCAGCACUAAGGCUGCGCUGGCCUUGCUGAUGUCCAAACAGCGGAGGAACACCGACCUCCUGUAUACUACGGCCGCCAUGGCGUCACCACGUUCAGGCAAGCUGGUGUCGUCUGCUGCCUGGAAGCUCAGGUUUGAUCAGCUGAAACCAGAGCUGAUGCCGGUUGACAUCAGCCAUUUUGGAAGGAAGAUGAAGGAUGUGGCGUUGUGGGAGCGUCCGAAGGAGGAGCGUGUGGAGAAGGACGUGUCGGUCAAACGGUCUGUCACUGAGCCAACUCGCAUCAAGAUCUUCGAAGGAGGGUAUAAGUCCAACGAGGACUACGUGUAUGUGCGCGGGCGCGGUCGGGGUAAAUACAUCUGCGAGGAGUGCGGCAUUCGGUGCAAGAAACCCAGCAUGCUGAAGAAACACAUCCGCACGCACACCGACGUGCGGCCCUACAUCUGCAAGUUCUGCAACUUUGCCUUCAAGACCAAAGGGAAUCUGACCAAGCACAUGAAAUCAAAAGCUCACCUGAAAAAAUGUCUGGAGUUGGGCGUGUCCACGUCUACCGUAGACGACGGCGAGGCCGACGAUGUUGACGUCGGCGAGGAAGCUGGCGCGCGACCCAAGACCCUGGCCGAUCAUCAGUUCUCCGACGCCGAUGACUCGGAAGACGACGGUGAUGAGGUGGACGACGAAGACGACGAGGACGACGACUGCGACGGCGACUCCACCCCCAGGACGUCGUCUCGCUCGGCCAGCCCAUACGGCGUCCCCAUCGCAGCGGCCGCCUCUCAGCCAUCGCCGCCUCUUUUUGGCUACUUCACCACCGUGCCCAGCAUCCACAUCACGCAACAGGGGGCGCCAGGUCAUUCGCAACCCCCCACGGACGAAGCCCUCUCACAGGAUUUCCCCUCGUCAUCUUCCCGCCUCUCCUCCCCCGGGCCCGACUACUCAGGCUGCUCGUCCCCUGUCUCGCCUUGCUCGUCGCCGGCAGCCCGCCAGUACCUCUCACCGCAUGCCGAUGGCUCACCCCGUGGCCCGUCACCUCGACGGGACGUAUCACCGCUGCGCCACUUGUCCCCCAAGCGGGACUUGGGGGGUUGUCGGCGUGAGCUGUCCCCCAGGAGGGGGCACCUGUCGCCGCUUGCCCCGCUGACAGGCCCUAUCUCUCCUGGGAAGCGAGACCUGUCGCCACGAGGACGCCACAAAGCCAUGAUACGGCCCAACUCGCCUCGACGCGGACUUCAUCAGCACCUCCUCCUGCAGAGCCAGCAGGGCGGCUCGCGAGCCCUGAGGUCGGCUCACCUCGCUGGGCUAUUGAGUCAGGCGGAAUUGGGCCCUCGUGGACGUCGCAGGACCGCGGGCGUAGAAAUGGACACGGAAUGUGUUCCCGGUUCCCCAGGGGGGAAAGAUCAGGGCAAUAACCAGUCCAGUCCACCCCAUCAGGUCUUGUUCAGUCACCUCCCUCUUCAUUCACGACUGCAGGUGCGUUCCACGUUCCCGAUGAUUCCCAUCGGCGGUAUUCAAAUGGUGCACACCGUACCCACGUCACGUAGCGCUCCUCUGAGCCAGCAGGGGGCGCAGCAGGCCGCACCCCGCCUCCCCCCGCGCCAAGCUUCGUCUGAGGACCCCGAAAACCUGGAAGCCUCCGCCCCGUUUGGAAGAGGGCGAGCAAUCGGGGUGUCGUCGGGGUCUCCCCCUCGCGUCGUGGCGGAGCUCGUCGUACGCGAGCAAGAAGAGAGCAUCCGAACGUGCACCAAAGCCAUCGCCUCGCUGCGCAUCGACCCCGACGAACUGGCCGACGGGAAGCGAGGGGGAUGGGACAGCGUUAAGGGACUGCCACACUCCGCUUCCUCGCCGGAGGAAGGACAACCUGAGCGCUCGCCGCCCGCCGCCGUGUCGCCACCAUCGCCCGCGCCGCCAGAGUCUCAGCACUUUAGAGCCUCCCGACGUUGCCCCUCACCCGUGCCCCGGACGCCCACUGACGCCCCACAAAGCACAAAGACCAGCAAGGACAUAUCGUAGGCGUGCAACGAAAUGACGACAACAUAAAUUUUGCACAGUUUAUUUGCUUUUCUUUGGUUCUGGAAUAACACACACACACACACACAGACAAAUAUGAUGAACACUCAUACACGCACACACAAACGCACAUGCUUUCACACACUGAGGCAUGCACACCCAAGAUGCAGUCGCACAACCACUCACAUACAUACACAAAAUUCACGUUGGGAGAUGUUCUUUCGAUAGGACGCAUGCGCGUGUGAACGUGUGUGAGUGCGGGCCGGCCAGCUUCAAGGAAGUCAAGUGGUACUUGAAUAAUAACGACAAUAAUAAUUCUGAAAAUAAAAACAAGAAUCCGCCCCGUGUGCCUUUGCUGGGUGUUUCUGUUCAUUUCAGCAGUCCCCUGAUCAACUUCAUGCCCCGCCCCUUUCCUUCGCCUCCUUUAUUGAUUGACACCUUACAUUCUGGACAAGCGAUGUGAAAUGACAUUAUUCUUAUGAUGUAUGGUUGCACUAAAACAUAUUUUUAUAGGAGUGAAAAUGCUUUUGUUUGUACAGCAGCAGUAAUGGAAUAAUGCUAUUUAUGAUGAUGAUGAUGAAAAUUGUUACCAUAUUUGAUAAAUUGUACAUUUUUAUUUCUUAUUUCUGUGGUGGCCGACUUUUUCUAUGUUGCGCAUGCUUUUAAUUGCUUACAGUACAUACUCACGACAUGAGGAUGUGUCAAAAAUAUUUAGCCUGCAUAUGACUUCAUCCGUUCACUCGAUAAUCUUGACAUGACCAUACAUUUGCAUCAAGUCUUUUUGGCUUGUACAUUUUCUCGCUGCUCUUCUUCUUCUUCUUCUUCUUCUUCUUCUUCUUCUUCUGGUGAUAUUUUCAGGAAUUUUUUCCUUGCAAUGUUUCUGCGUUCACUGAAUUCAACCCUCCCCACACCCCACAUAUAUUCUACGUCCUAUAAACUACUACAUCCUCGACUCUUCCCCCAAUGUAUCUUUUAAAGUCCUUAAAAGUGAAUAGUACUGUCGUUUUAAAUGAAAUUUGUCACUACAGAGAAAAGUGUUGUGGACGGUCCUCCCAAAUUUGAAUAAUAAAACAGUUGCCCCAAAAAGACGUUUGAAAAUACAGUAGUGAAAAAUCAAGCCACUCUCGAAUGGUGUGGGCGUGUCAGUUGACUGCGCAGAAACCACGCCCCUCUCCUCUGUGAACUGUCAAUCAAAUAGAUUCCUAAUUCCGGUAAAAAUCCAUGUUACUUCAUCUCGCGCCUUUCUUGCGUUUGCCUUUUAAAACAAAUUGUCACGUCAUUCCUCUGGCUUUUGGCCAUGUGCGUACACUCACAGCCAACAUUGAGGUACUCGAAAGUUACCACAGCAGCCCAAACUCCGUUCCAGACGUUGGCAGUCAAGUGGGACUUUUUUGAAAACAAUAAAAAAAAUCCGAAUAAUGAAUCCCUUUCCUUGCGCUGUCGUCGAAAACUUUCCAGGUUAGGUUUGAUGCCGCAAAAAUUAGCUUGUAAAUGUACAUAUGUACAGAUACGUACAUACAUAUAAAUACAUGUUGUGUACUGUACAUGAAGCUCGUGUGUGAGUAGUUUGUUUUUGUAAGAAAAAACCCCAUCAUUUUUUAAAUUAUUUAUUCUCGAUGCCAUUCAAAUUCUCCGAAUGGUGAAAAUAUUCAGUUUUAUGAUCGUGUGUGCGCCUGCCUUUUUCUAAUCUGUCUUUGUACCUAGUGAAGGCCAGCUGAGGGUGGAGACGCCACGUCGCGUCACGCGCUUAUGAAAAGAAGGCUCGGUGUAGUGCUGGUUCAUACAAUACGUGUACAGUAAUACUCUUACUAAUGCGUGUGUGUGCGUGUGUGUGUACGAUGACAUGCAAACAAACAUGAUUGUUGUUUUCAAAUAAAGAGAAAUGGAACAA